AUGUCUAAAAUGUUUGAUACGAAAUAGAGCUAAAAUCCAAAAUCUCUAAGAAUUCAAUCUAACAAAUUAGAGAGUAUCUUAUACAAAAUUUAGAAUUAAAAAUUUUUGAAUAAAAAUGAUGAGUUAGAGAAGAAAAGUCCUAAUUAACAAUAAUUUUCUAAGUUAGUUAAAAGAACAAUUUUUAACGAUUUUUGUUAAUAAAGUUUGACAAGUCGUCGCAUUACAUAAUUUUAAAAUGAUAAUGUGUUGAAUUAAUCAAAUAUUAAAGCAUCUUAUAAUAAACUUCCAUAAAUAACAUAGAAGCUCAAGACUAUAAGCAAAGCAAAUUAUUCAUAGGAAAGAAUAAGUUAAAUUCUUCAAAAAUCAGAAAUACCUUUAAUGAAAAAAAGAAUGAUCACUGAUAGUGAAGAGAUUAAUUUAAAAGAUUAAUUAAAUAUAAAAAAACUAAAUGAGCAAUUAAGCAAUCAAUUAUAUUAAUAGAAUUAGAUUCUAUUUGCUAUGAAGAAAAGUUCAUUUCCUGAGGUUUCUGAAUUAAAUGACCUUUCAAAACAGAUGGAUUAUAUUUAUAAGAAAAAUAACAUUAAUCCUUUAAAGAUUAAAGUUUGUCAAAUGUCUUAGAGUCCAAGAGAUAAAAAAAAUUAAAAUUAAUCUAUAGAAUUUUUAAUUAAGUUAUUAAAAGAAACAAGUAGAAAAUGA